AAAAGCAGGAAUAUUCCAAGACAAACUGAGGGGUGUCCAGUUGGGAGGCGUCGGUCUGGACAGUUGUGACAACGAUGUGAUGGCAGCCAACUUAGUGUCUAACCUAAACAAUGGAAUGAUGAAGGUCGCCAAAAAAACCGUACAUCUGAAUCCCGCCGACAUCUACGCCUACAUUGGCGGUGGAACGAGCGAUUCUUCGAUUUAUUUGGACCGAAUACUGCGCUCUAUGCAAAUACCCCUCGUUGGGUACGGGGCUACGACUACACAACUGAACGACAAAUAUGAAUUUCCGAAUUUCCUUCGGACGGUACCAACAGACGAUCGUCUAGCGAAGGCGAUUGUAAGUUUUCUGAAGCACUAUAAUAUUCCUUAUGUCCAGAUUGUUCAUUCUUCAGGCAGUUUUGGCGCAAAGGGUGCCGAAGUAUUUCGAGAAUAUGCGCUGGAAAACAAAAUCUGUGUGGCCCAAACUAUCCAGUUCAUAGAACAAGGAAUAUCUGUGGCUGACAGCGCCAAUAAUGUCAUGAAAACCCUGUUGAAUAAACCGCUCGCAAAUACAGUUGUCAUUUUUGCAGAAGUUCUUUAUGCCCGCGAAUUACUUAAAGUCCUCAAACGGGAACCAAUAGUCAUCCGAAAUAAUUACAAAUUCAUCGCAGCAGGACUUUGGGGUCAGAGACUCGAUGUUAUAGAGGGCGUUGAAAGCGUUGCAGCUAGUUCGGUAACUAUAGCUGUCGACGGCAUAGACAUCCAAGAAUUCGAUAAGUACCUCAAAUCCAAGAUUCCAGACAACGAGAGAGACAACCCGUGGUUCACCGAAUAUUAUGAAGGUUUAUUCGACUGUUACCUGGCAAAGCCGAAAACUAAUCUAAGAACCAAAUGUAGCAAUUCACUUAAUAGGGUGACCAAGUCUGAGAAAUACGCCCAAGAUGACAGCGUUUUGAAUGUGGUUAACAGCGUGUUCGCGGUGGCACUGGGCAUAGACAAGACGCUGAUUGAUCUCUGUGGUGUAAACUAUACGGGAGUGUGUAGUGCUUUUAAAUCCGCCAACAGAAAUUAUCAACUGUUCAACAAUAUCAAGAACGUCCAGUUUAAGGAAUUCUCCGAUGUCGUAUUUAAAUUCAACCCGGAAGGAGACGGAAACAAGGGCUACAAAUUUUUUCAGGUGCAAAAUAUUUCACCAAUACACUACGGUUACAAAGAGGUAAGUGAUUCAAGAAGCUCAAUAAUACAUCCGGCUUUGCAAAGAUCUUUGUUUUAUUUAUGGAUUUUGCGUAUAGAUAUGUAUGUCAGAAUGUGCGUAGGCAUGUGUAUGUUUGCAUGUGUGAAUAGAAGGGGUUAUAAUCCAAGCUGUGUCUUCGUGAAGCACAUCUGA